AUGGGUAUCCAUUCGGAAGAAGAGAGAGGUCGUCGUGAAGCUGAAACUUUACGAGCACUUGCAUUUUUUGGUGUUUGUCUCUCUACUGUGGCGACUUUAAUAUGUGUUUUGGUAGUGCCUUUAGCAUAUCAACACUUCCAACAAUUUGGCACGCAAAUGAAUGAUGAACUUGAUUUUUGCAAAUUGAGAGCUGGAAAUAUUUUGAGAGAAGUGACUCGUACUCAAAUGCUUGCUGAAUUGGGUGGAUCACAUCGCCAUACGCGUCAAGCUGGAUAUGGCGGCGGUGAAUCAGCACCUGUUGAAAAGCCGGCACCAGCCUAUGGAGGUGGAGAAGCGGCAGUUGUAAAGAAGCCUCCAGCUUCAAAACCUGCAAUUGCCCCAACCAGCUCCGCAUCUUAUGGAGAAACGGCUGCAGUAACAUCAUCUAGUGCAUCAACAGGUGGAGGUGGUGGAUGCUGUGGUUGUGGGCAAUCUCCAGCGGGACCUCCAGGUCCGCCAGGACCACCCGGUCCGGAUGGUCAGCCAGGAGAAGCUGGAAAGAAUGGAAAUCCUGGACAAGAUGGUUGGAAUAUUCAUUCGAAAAUUCUUAAACAUAAAAUUUAUAUAGCUCCACCUCCCCCGCCACCACCUAAAGUGGAGCCAUGUCAAACAUGUGAACCGGCACAGGAUGGCCACCCAGGCCCUCAAGGACCACCAGGUCCACCUGGAAGUCCAGGAGAGAACGGGCCUCCUGGUGAGGGAGGAAAACCAGGUCCUAAAGGGCCGCCUGGACCGCCAGGACUUGAUGGACAUCCUGGAGAACCUGGCAAACCUGGUGAGCCUGGAAUACCUGGAUCACUCAACGAAGGAGCGCCUAAGCAAGGACCUGCUGGUCCACCUGGAGCGGACGGCCAACCUGGAUUGGAGGGUCAUCCAGGAAUACCAGGAGAUGCUGGAAAGCCUGGGGGACAAGGACCGCCUGGUGAUAAAGGACCGGACGGACCGCCUGGAAAUCCUGGAACUCCAGGUAAUAAAGGUCCUGCUGGGGAUAAUGGAUCUCAAGGUGGAUGUGAUCAUUGUCCGCCACCCAGAACGGCUCCUGGAUACUGA